AUGACACACUUUCGGUUCAGUGUUCAGUUCAGACACGCGAUUCCCAUUGUCGCUCGCUACUACUUACCAGCUCUAAUAACCUUAAAAAAGAAGACAACCGAAGACGACGAAGACACGACGAUGACGACGAUGCCACAGCCUUCGUCUUCGUCUUCGUCCUCACCGACCGACCGAAAGGGAAAUAAACAGGAAGACCGUCCGAUUGUCAAGAUGGAUCCCUUGCUCAGAGACGACUUUCAGCUGUACCUCCGGGUCGCUUUGUUACUGUCGAUAUCAGUAUACACUGCAAUCAAAGUCAAUUCUGUCGUCGUGGACCCGUACCUCGAUGAAGUCUUUCACAUCCCUCAAGCACAGCGUUACUGUCUGAUGCACUUCAAGGACUGGGACGAUAAGAUCACCACUCCACCGGGACUAUAUCUGCUGUCGUAUGUUUAUGUCGGCUUCGUUCAGACAAUUCUCCCAAUAUACCGUUUCAUCCUCCAAAACAUCCCGACCUUCUCAACCACCCCGACGGGAUGGGAGACAAAACCCGGUGCCACCAGUAGCUUCACACAUGCAUCGCUCGAACACUGCUCUACCGUCUCUCUUCGCUUCCUAAAUGUCAUCGGUGGCUCUAUCUUUGUCCCGUGGCUGGUCUAUGAGAUUUAUCUAUACGUCCAGUCUCCGUACCACCAGGUCAUCCCGCCACCCAUUCCCGUAGUGGUAGUCGCAGGUCCCGGACCAGGUGGGUCAUUGGCAGACCCCAAGGAAGUCGAGAAAGCGAAGAGAAAGACCGAACUUCCUCCUGGAGUUGGACCGAAAGAACCUAUGCCUAAAGUCGAUGUUAUCGAGGAGAGGCUGAACUAUGAAGCUUCGGCGGCACAGACAGCUAUGAAUGUGGCUUUGUUCCCCCUAUUAUAUUUCUUCAAUAGUCUGUUUUAUACGGAUAUUUGGUCGACUGUGUUUGUGCUUUUGGCAUAUCGUAGUUAUCUAUUAUAUUCACCAUGGGCGAGUGCUGGCUGGUCGCUGGUCUCCCUCUUCUUCCGUCAAACUAAUAUCCUCUGGACGAUAUUUCUCGUUCUACUUUCUGCGAUCCGAAUCCUCAAACGUCUUCAUCCACCAGCUCCAUCGUCUCUACUAAAUCACCACCCAUUAACUCUCUCUGCAAUUCUAGGUCGUGCAGGCUAUGGUGGGAUGUAUGACCCUUCGAUUAUUCACUCUGAUGUCUCCGACUACUUCAAAUCACUCCUCUCAAUUGCGAUCUCUGGGUAUAGCAACCUAUCCCCCGUUCUUAUCGCCAUUGAGCCAUACAUCUAUGUUGUCAGUCUGUUCGGAUUCUUCGUCUACUGGAAUGGUUCCAUCGCCCUUGGGGAUAAAACGAACCAUGUUAGCACCUUCCACCCUGUCCAACUCUUCUACUUCUCCCUCUUUACCCUUCUCAGCACUCCCUUCGUAUUCCUCACAAACCCUAUCAAUCUCAUCAUAACCACUGUAAAAUCCCUACUCGGAUCUCCAUUGAAAGCUAUCAGCACCAUAACGGCAAGUUUAUUAAUCGCGGGUGCGGUUCACCAAUUCACAUAUACCCACCCCUUCAUGCUAGCAGACAAUAGGCACUACGUCUUCUACAUCUGGCGACGGACGAUUCUCUCUCACCGAGACGCCAAAUACCUGGGGAUCCCACUCUACCUCCUCUCCAGUUUCUUCGUGUAUCGUCAAAUAGGGGUGAAACCACCAGCUCUCCCACCAUCCAUCAAAUCUAUCAAUCCGCAAAGUUCGGCAGUGGUUUAUACUACGCAUACUAUAACUUUCCUAUUGGCGUUCCUUGCUGCCACGGCGGGGACGUUGGUGUUCGCACCGCUCGUGGAGUUUAGGUACUUUGUGGUACCGUGGGUUAUGUGGAGAGUACAUAUUGGAGUUGGAGGUGGGAAAGAAGAGGAAGGCGGGUGGUGGAGGAGGAAUAGAAUUGGAGGAGUUGAUUUGAGGGUUUGGAUGGAGACAGUAGCGUUUUUGGGGGUGCAUGCUAUUACUACUAAGAUAUUCUUGGAGAGGGAGUUUAGGUGGGCGGGGACACCGGGGGUGCAGAGGUUUAUGUGGUAG